AUGGAACACCCUCAUCAAUUAGUAAAUGCGACAAAUUUCGUGCUGUGCUUGCUGGUGCUACUGUGGCCGCUGCAGACAACUUCCGCGGGUGGCAUCAUUUUGAGCGGCAAUAGCCCGAUCGGCACGGGACCACCGGUGGCCGGCCCGGUCACUGGAGGAGCGUCGAUUAUCAGCAACAAUCGCGAUAAGUCCUAUUUGAAAGGAUCCCAGGGACCGUGCAGCCGGCUCGUGUUCACCUCCGGCCGUGUCCGAAACGGUAGCAUCGCACCGUCCCACUCGAAGCACUCCGGGCUGUUCCCGUCGAGCCUGUGCCAGCUAUACGAAUUUGUCGGCGAUGGCGCCGAACGUGUGCAGAUCAUAUUUUCCGAGUUCCGGCUACCGUCGAAGCUUGGGCCCACCGAAUGCGGCGACACGGAUAUCCUAAUGGUCUAUUACAUCGUCGACGAGCGCGAGGAGCUCGUUGAAACGCUGUGCGGCGACACCCUACCGAAGCCGAUCCUGUCCGAGGGCCCACGGUUGUUGCUCGAGUUCCGCAGCAGCUACAAUAAUACGGAAAACAAGGGAUUUACCGGCGACUUUUUCUUCAUCACCAAUUUCGGCAUACCAACGGGGCGGCAGCCCAACCAAUCGGAGUGCAUCUUUCACUACUUCAGGAACGCCACCAGUCAGGGAUGGAUACAGUCACCCAACUUUCCCGGAGCCUAUCCAAGGAACAUCAUGUGCCAUUACUUCUUCCAUGGCGGCCCGCAUGACUACGUCCACGUUCGCUUCACGUACUUCGACAUUGAAGGAAUUUUGCCCUGCGACGAGAGCUCAGCCAGCGAUUACGUGGAGUUUUCUAAUUUUAACACGCGCGAUCGCAAAUACGCGCUGUACUGCGGCAAGUGGCGCGAGCUGGCGGUCCGCUCCGACGGCCGGUUCUUCCGAAUCACGAUGGCUUCAAACGAUCGGCUUGAUGGCACGGGUUUCCGGGCGCUCUACACCUUCGAGACGACGCAGGCCACGACGGAGACGGAGGGCGCCGUUGCCGGUGCGAUGGACAAGGUCACAAGUAGGGCCAACGAUUUGCCGGUGUUGUCGUUAGGACUGUCGCUGUUGGUGCCGGUGGCACUGAUUACGGUCGCGUUCGGCUCCGCAGCACCCGACGUCAUUAGGAUCAUUGGUUUAAAGCUAAUAAAAUUCCUCCAAGACUGAUGACAACAUUCCGUCGGCCGUCUGAGCGGGGAGCACCCACGGAAACGGCAUGGAAAAACCCGCCUGGCUACGGUCUGCACGCAAAAUUGCUUCCGUUAUCAGUUUCCGUGCCGGAGCGCUGCGCGGCGGUGGAGAUGAACGCAACUCACACACCCCGGAAACAUUCCACACCCGAGUGUGGGCAGAGUAACGACUUCGGGACAUAAAAGUGAAGGAAUGAAAGAGAAAAAGUGUAACCCGGAAAUGUGGCAAACCCGGAAAUGUCCGUCCCUCGGCCGUCGCGGAGGCAAUCCUUUUAGCAGGAACCACGUGAUUGUAGCUCAUCUUUCAACAUUUAAUAUCGUUUACAAUCUGCUAUGCUGAUUUUAUGAUCUAGAAAAAUGAAUAGCUCUCCCAUCGAUGGUAAAUACAAUCCGGCGAAGUGUGUAGACGAUUAACGACAAAUUGGUAUCCUUCCGUUUAUAAUUUUCGUUCCUUGGUUGUAUUUCAUUCAAUUCCACGAAACGGAUAAGACGGUGAAGUUUAGAAUCGUAAUGAAAUGUAAAAAGCAAUGCUCUUUUCAUCCCUGCCGAAUUUAGCACAAUUUUACACAGUUUACAGAAAUCUUAAAGUAGUGUUGUUUUUCAACUAUCGUUAUUCGGCAGGAUGCUGCACAAACAGUACACAAAUGUAAAUAUUGAGAUAUUUUCAUACGAAGAGGUAUAGUACAGAUUAUGAAAGGAAUGCACAACUAAAACGAAUUUCAAUAAACGUGCCACAUUUGGCAUG